CAGAAUAGAGUAGACGGUCAUUGUCACCAUUGCUUCUGCUAACGAGACUAUAACUCUCUAUCCGUAUGAAUCGUGGGGAGUUAUAAGAAUCUAAAGAUAACGAAGAUAUGUAAUUAAUUCCGUCCUAUACUCCAGUUAAGUGACGUUGGUGUUCGGAGAUAGUGGCUAUCUGCUCGGCUGUGCAUUUCGAUUUAAAGAAAAACUGUCCCAACAGAACAAAAUGAAUAGAAUACGUGUACUAACAAGUGUUCUGAAGGGUACUUCACGGAACCUGAAGCUAUGUGAUCCCGUGCAAAGCAUAAUUCCCCAGUUAAGAAGCCUGUCAGCGACCCCAGUGGCCCGAACCACAAGCCAAGGUCCCUGGCUGUCUGCUACGCCACGAGUGUGUUUACAUGACGUGCCGACAAUUCUACGAGCUGGCGGACUCAAACCUAAUAGACCUGUUACUCUUACAGCAGACCUUACAGACGAAAAUGGCAAACAAUUCUGUUCCCACGCACACUAUGUCACCGACGCCGAGGGAAAGGUGGACGCGAGUGUAGCGGAGGCGGUGGGCGGCUCGUACAACGGCGUCUUCCCCGCGGGUCUUUUAACCACGCUGUCGCCGGCGCCCCACGAGCUGCAAACGCUGAGACUGUAUCGUCGGAACCCGGAGUUGCCGUGGAAGAUCUCUAUCCGAGUCCUGGAGGGCCACCAGCCUCGAGGAGCGCAACAUCAGAUCUUGUCAGAGCUGGAGUUGGAGCGGCGGCUGAUGGGCCCCGGCGUGCGACGCGUGCAGGUGCGGGAGGGAAAGAUCCGCGGGGCCCUGUACCUUCCGCCUGGCCCCGGACCCUUCCCGGGAAUCGUGGAUAUGUUCGGCUCCGUCGGCGGCAUCAUGGAAUUCAGAUCAGCCAUGCUGGCAUCAAGAGGAUUCGCAAGCUUGGCCCUGGCCAUUUUCAACUACGAUGACUUGCCGAAAACGACGUCCCGCAUCGACCUCGACUACUUCGAAGAGGCCGUGGAGUACCUGCUCUCGCGGCCGGAGGUCAUCCCCGACCGCUGCGGCGCCGUGGCCAUCAGCAAGUCGGGGGACAUCGUGUUCAGCAUGGGCACGGCCUUCCCCGCCGUCAAGGCCGUCGUGGGCAUCAGCUCGUGCACGAUGGUGUUCCAUUCGAAGUUCUUCUACAAGGGCAAGUUCUACGGCAAGGGCGUGGAGGUGCCCUUCGAUAUCAUGAAGCCGGACGAGAGCGGCGCCAUUUCCGCCGACCUGACGUACCUGUUCGACCCGGACAACCCGCUGAUGAUCCCCGUGGAGCGCGCCGACGACGAGACGCACUUCCUGGUGGCCGUGGGCGACGACGACCCGUGGGGCUUCCGCGCGAGCAUCCCGGCCUUCCGCGAGCGGAUGCUCAGGAACAACAGGAGGAACUUCGAGACCAUCCUGUACCCGGGCGCGGGCCACAUCAUGGAGCCUCCCUAUGGCCCGCUGAUCCACAGCUCUUUCCAGCGCCACAUGCCCAGCAAGGAGCGCAACCCGGACUACGACAAGGGCGUGGCCAUGAAGUGGGGAGGGAAGCCCAAGCCCACGUGCGACGCCCAGGUGGAUCUGUGGCGCCGCAUGCGGGCCUUCCUCAUGCAGCACGUGCGGGACGAGAGCCACUGGUACCAGGAAUAUCUUCAGGAACGAAGAGACUAGGGAAGAGGUUGUUGCUGUUGUUAUCAUCUAAUAUUGUAUAUUUUGACUCAGGACAGGGUGUCAAAUGCAAGAAUUAUUCUUAUUCCUAUAAGCAGGAAGUGCAUCUCCCAAAUACGCCUUGUCUUUCCUGAUUUAUAGAUAUGUUUUUCAUAUCAUUGUUGUUAAAGUAUAUAUUUAUAUAAAGUUGUAAUUUGAUAACAGAUAAUAUAUCCUCUAGUUUUUG